GCCUUCGGCACAGCAGCCGAAGCCCUAGAGCACUUCCUAUCCCGGGGCAUCAUCAACUGGGGCACGCCCGUGUCGUCGCUGCUUGAAGACGGCCAGCUGUAUAUCCAGCAGGCCAGGGCUACUGAAGCUAGCGGCCUAGUCUCAGUACUCCUGGAAGGACCUCCCAACAGCGGCAAGACGGCUCUCGCUGCAGAACUAGCCAAGCUAUCAGACUUCCCCUUCGUGAAGGUGUGCUCGCCUGAAGACAUGGUCGGCUUCACCGAGACCGCCAAGUGCUUGCAGAUCAGGAAGUACUUCGAUGACGCCUACCGCUCCACUUUAUCCUGUAUUCUCGUGGACAACAUCGAGCGACUGCUAGACUACGGGCCUAUCGGGCCGCGGUACUCUAACCUGACGCUGCAAGCGCUACUGGUGUUGCUGAAGAAGCAGCCGCCAAAAGGACGGAAGCUGCUCAUCCUAUGCACUAGCAGCCGCAGACAAGUGCUAGAAGACAUGGAGGUGCUAUCAGCGUUUACUGGCGUGCUGCACGUGCCCAACCUGUCCACUCCCGAGCACGUCAUCACGGUGCUGGAGCAAAGCGACGCCUUCUCGCGCCGCGACCUCGCCAAGAUACAGCACGACAUGCGCGGAGCCAAGAUUUUCAUCGGCAUCAAAAAACUUCUCGCCCUCAUCGACAUGGUGAAGCAAACGGACGAGGAGUCUCGAGUAUUCAAGUUCCUCACCAAAAUGCAGGAGGAGGGCUGCCUCGACGUGGGCACCACUAUACAAUAAGGAUCAUUGCAACCUUAGGGAUUACACGCGCAUACCACUCUCUCGCCCUCACCCGACCCGCACCAGCGCCGCGCCACAGAAAGCUCGCCCUGCGCCUCCGAUCUACGCAGCUUCGAAAUAGACUACGAUGACGUCAGCGAGUGCACGGAAUCUCUCCCAGACACCAGCCACAAAAGAGGCCUCACCGCCCGCGGCAACGAAAUAUCACCCGCCAAAAUGCCCCUCAUGAGAAUCCGCAGCGUCGAAAUAGUCUUCGAGGACGAAAUGUCCGCUUGCACCGACACCGCUCUACUGGACCGCAGCAUCGAACUCAUAGUCUCCGAUAGCGAUGACUCCACCAAAUGCGUCGACGAUUUGGAACACGCGAACGAAGGCAACGAGGACACAGCCACGCUUAACGCCGAAGGUGACUUGUCAGAUGAUAAUUCUGUGUCGAAAGACAAUAGCGGGGAGGUGGCCGAAACGAAAACCUCCCACGCGGAUGACAGCACCAAAGUCCACGACGAAAGCGUGACCAUAGACGACAUAUCGCUAAACGUGUCAGAGGUCGUCGACUCCGGUCGCUUUACGGAAGACGCGAGCUCGUCACACUUGGAAACGGUGCCGAUUUUAGCUUACGAGGACGCUUUGCUCUCGCACUCCUUCGACGCAAUUACAGUAGACACUGCUAUGACAACGUAUGAGAUAUCGGAUGACAGCUUCAGCAAACGUUCGGCACCAGAGGCAAGACUGUAUGAGUACAUCGACAGCGAUUCUGAUAGCUCGGAGGACACGGCCGUAUGCGACGCCGACGCAGCGAUACAACACUUGACAUCCUUCCACGACACCAUGACACCCGACGAACAUACCUUGUGUGACAGUUCCGACUUGCAGUAUGACUCUUUUAUAGAUAUGGGCAAAUUCUGAACAUUUAAUUGUUCAUUUUAAUCUUUACGCAAUAAUCUAUUAUAUUAUGCUUCUAUGUUUAACAUGUAUACGUAACUUUAUGAAUGUUUCCGCAAAUUGUGUGAUAUUCGGUUAAAUGAUUAGGUGUGUUAUGUUUCCGACCGUUUGAAGCGGAUUCCUUAUAUUUUGGGGCUUGAUUGUUUCGGUUCCGUGCCAGCUAUCCCGACACCUGUAUUCUUUCUUAACACGGCUUAUUCACAGAGGGGGCUUGGUGGUAUGCGGCUCUCGUAACCAUGUCAUGUCCCUUUGUGACCUGAUAUCCUUGUUAGCGAAAUUUCUAAAACUUUUUGUAAAUAAUGAGAUAGUUACGCUAUUUUCUAUAGACAAUAGAACUUUAGUAUGCGUUGGCAUGAACUAUGACAUGGUUACAGAAAUCCCAGGGUUGUAAGACUAGGCGAUAGCUCAAUUCUUUAUGAUGUAUUAUAUUUUUUAUAGAGUUAUUUUUUAUUUAUUAAUAAUUUGUUACUAAAGAUAUGUGAUGCAGCUUGAUGCUGUUAAUUAUGUUAAAUACUUAAAAAUAGAAAUAUUUUGAUCAUUGUGUAAUAAUGUACUAAUAUUAAGCAAUUGUUGUCAAUAUACUAAAUAGUAUUUAAACUUUUGAAAUAUUGUUGUUAUAGAGGUAGAAGAACGAAGCUUUUAUUGUGACUUGACGCAUUACAAUUAUUAGCCUUGAGUACAAGUUAAAAGUGAUUAAUAACGUUUUAAGCUUUAGGUAAUUGUGGUACUGCACGUCUCGUUAGUCACAGUCAAUUAAUUGAGCACCAGAACUUGGAUAAUGCAUUUCUAAUUAAGAAAUGAAGUAAAAUAUAAUACAUAGUUAAAUUUUGAAAAAUGAAAUCAGUAAAUAUGUACUUUCUAGUGACUGUAAAGCCAGUGUCAUGAUGACGAAUGUUUAUGAUCUUUAUUUACUAAUUAUUUGUUACGUUUAUACAUAUGAUGUUUUAGUAUAACAUUCCAUUUUACAUUCAUUCGCCAAAUUCGACUAAAGAUACAUGUCACUAGCAACGAUAUUAAAUUAGACAUAUUAUUCUGACGAAAAGUCUUGAAAUAGACAAGUAGUGCUUGCGUGUUAAAUACUAAAAUAUAAUAUUUUGUCU